AUGCCCGCCAUCCUCUCAACAGCGGUCUCGCUGCCGCCCGCAACGCGCUACCUCACCCUCUCGCUCGUCGGACUCUCGGUUCUCUACUUCUUCGUCCACCUCUCGGUCAACCCGCGGGACCUCAAGGGCAUCUUUGGAGCGACAGGAGACGCCAGCCUCGCCUUUCCCUGGCUCGUACUCGUCCCCGGAAACGUCAUCUGGGCACCCUGGACGCUGUUGACCGCCGCGUUCGUCGAGACCAACUUUCCAGAGUUCCUCAUCUCCAUCCUCACCCUUCCGCUCGCCGCCCGGUAUCUCGAACGAGUAUGGGGCGCACAAGAGCUCGUCAAGUUCGUUCUCGUGACGAUGGUCGUCUCGAACGUCAUUGCCGUCGGCGUCAACGUGCUCGAGAGCGUCGUUCUGGGGGACUCGGCGCUGUUCAUGUACGGCAUGUCCUACCACGGCCUCUCCGCCCUCCAAGUCGCCUUCCUCGUCGCCUUCACCCAGCUCAUCCCCGAACACCAAGUGCAAGUCUUCGGCGGCCUCUUCACGAUGCGCGUCAAGUCGCUCCCGAUGCUCUACGUCACCUUCUCCAACAUCGUCUGCGUCCUCGGUUACCAGAGCCCUUACAUCCUUGUCCAAUUCGGCUGGCUCGUCUCGUGGUUCUAUCUGCGCUUCAUCAAGUACAACGAGGGAGGCGACUUCCGAGGAGACCGCAGCGAGACGUUCGCGUUCGCAAGCUGGUUCCCGCCCUUUGCCCAGAAGUACAUCACGAUUGGCACGACUCACCUCUUCAACCUCGCCGUCCGCUUCAAGGUCCUCCAGCCUUGGGGCGCAGACAUCGAGUCGGGCGUUGCGGGAGCAGGAGGAGGGUACACGCAGGUACCGGGUGGACAGCGGGCUGAGGCAGAGCGGAGGAGGCAACUCGCCCUCGAAGCGCUCGACCGCCGCAUGGCCGCUCCCUCCGGCCCCUCGACCUCCUCACCCGCCGUCCCUCGCGCCUCAUCACCCGCCGCCAGCCCCGCAAGUCCCACUACGGCACGGACGGCGGUCGUUGCGAGUGUGGAUGGAGCAGCUACGGCGCCGGUGGCAGGUGGGGUGGACGAGAAAGCGCAGUAG